UUGUAGUUCCUUGCUGCAUUUUCCCUUUUAUUUUUUUUCCUUUUCACGUGUCUCUCUUGAUUAACGAACCUGGUCUUUUUCCGUUUCAAUCUCAAGCAGUAGAGCUAGAGGAAGCCGAUUCUUUAGCUUUGUUAGUGUGUGUAGGGUGGUGGCUAGCUAUUUUUCCCUUUUUUUUUUUUUUCCUUUGUCGAGGUAGUUAGAAAAUGGCAUUUGGGGAGACUAAGAUAAGAAACUAUGAAGAGCGGAGAGAUAGAGCUCAAGUAGAAGAUCUUGAGCGGAGAUGCGAGGUAGGCCCAGCUGAGCGUGUGUUUCUCUUCACGGACACGAUGGGUGACGCCAUCUGUAGGAUCCGCAACAGUCCGAUGUACAAGAUGCUGGUAGCGGAGGUGGACAACCAGCUGGUUGGUGUCAUCCGAGGCUCCAUAAAGGUCGUAACGGUUCGAAAGCCUCCAAAGGAUCUAGCCAAAGUGGGGUACGUCCUGGGGUUAAGGGUCUUAAGUCUGUACCGGCGAAGAGGGAUUGGUUUGAAGCUGGUGCGUCGGCUAGAAGAAUGGUUCGUGGACAACCAGGUGGAUUACGCCUACAUGGCCACUGAGAAGGACAAUGAAGCUUCGGUAAAGCUGUUCGUGGACAAGCUCGGGUACGUGAAGUUCAGGACUCCAGCCAUACUGGUGAACCCGGUGAGACGACGUGUGCAUUUAUCGUCCAACAUUGAGAUAGCGAAGCUGAAGGUAGAAGAAGCAGAGCUCCUGUACCGGAAAUUCAUGGCGUCGACGGAGUUCUUCUCGCAAGACAUAGACAGGAUACUGAGAAACAAGCUGAGCUUGGGGACAUGGGUAGCUUAUCCGCGAGGGGAGAGAUGGGGAGAGGUUGGGGCGGAUGGGAGAGUAGAGAAUAGUAAUUGGGCGAUGCUGAGCGUGUGGAACAGUGGGGAGCUGUUCAAGCUGAGGUUAGGGAAAGCGCCGCUGUCAUGCUUGGUAUACGCAAAGGGGUCGAGGGUGGUUGAUAGGUUGUUGCCGUGCAUAAAAGUGCCGACAAUACCAGAUUUCUUCAAUCCAUUUGGGUUCUACUUCAUGUACGGAGUACACAGGGAGGGGCCAUUAUCGGGGAAGAUGGUGAGAACGCUAUGCAAUUAUGUGCACAACAUGGCUAGAAAGACAAAGGACUGUAAGGUUAUUGUUACAGAAGUAGGAGGCUGCGACACCUUGAGACUUCACAUCCCGCAUUGGAAGUUACUGUCGUGCCCGGAGGAUUUGUGGUGCAUAAAAGCCUUGAAAAAUGAAGAGAGGAACGGCCUCCAUGAAUUGACAAUAACCCCACCAUCAAGAGCUCUUUUUGUAGACCCAAGAGAGGUAUGAAGAAACAAAUUAUAUCCUCAUCACCCCACCUCACCCUCAUGUACUGUUUGAUAAGUCCAUCCAUCUCUCUUGGUGGGAGCUUUUCUCUUGUUCCUUUCACAUCUAUGACAGAAAAUCUCAAAAGAUUUCCUUAAUUAGGUGCCA